AUGAAAUAUGUUGUAGCAUUACUCGGGCUGGGUGUUGUUUUGACUGGGAACCCGUUCAGGAUUCGGCAGUACAACAAGCCGCUGAAGCCUCUUUGUAAGUCGAAAAAAAUUUUUGUGAAGUUUUAUCUCAUUGUCAGCGCUUGACUUCUACUUCGGAACCAAGAAAACGAUAAUGGCAUUGGCAAUCGUCCUAAAUUCUCCAGAAAUGGUCUUAGUUGAUGCAUUAUGUUGGAAAAAAAGUUGCAGCAAGUACUGCGACGUACGUAAGCGACUCUACUCAUAAUUUAUAGAACCCUCAUCUCUGUAGCGCAGUUCUGCCGCGAAUUCUGCGAUCCGAGGUGUUGCAGCGCGAACAAAAAAAGCAGAAGACAGAAAUGUCGGCACUACCUGGCUUACGAUCGUAACUCGGCCAAAUUUCAAGAGCUUCCCGGCAGGUAUUGGAGAUCACAAGAGAAUUAUGGCGCCGGUGAAUGGGCCGAGGAUGAGCUGAAUAUUCGGCUAAACGCAAUUGGAAAACCUUUGUGAGGAUAUUCCACUUUUACGCUUGCUAUUUUUGAUAUCAACGGCUCUUGCAAACGCCAGCUUCUAAAAUGUGUAUUUCUUUGCAGGGUGGUUUACAAUUUUGGCGUUGUCGAUUUCGUGCUAGAGACGUUACCGGCGACGACUUUUAAUAUUGAGGAAACAAUGUAAGCGUCUACCCAAUGAACUUACGCUGAAAAUCAGGGGUUCGAUUGGGCUUGGACGGCAUCCAAAAAUAAAACGUUUUGCUGGUCUGUUGGCCGAGCGAGGCGUUGUGAACUACACCGGUGUCACAAUCGCCUUACCAGAGGUUCAUUACAGCAAAGGCUAUUAUUACUUCACAUUUGGAGAUUAUAACACAGACUUCUGCGAGGAGCAGCAAGUGAAGGUUGAGGCGGUCGGCAACACCGAAUGGAUUUUCGAUGUAAUGAAUAUCAAUUUUCUUGGUUACAGUUCGCAUGAACGAUUUAGAGUAUGUUUGGAGUGGAACAUGCAAAUUUUUGAGACCAUUUUGCAUCCGGGAAGUAUCAAAAAUGUGGCAAAAUGCUUCAUUCUACAAGUGAAAAAACUCCGAUUUCAAAGCGCUCUCUUUGUAAGGGAAAGAGCGCGCCCUUCAAAACGAAGUUUUUUCACUUGGAGAGUGAAGCAUUUUGCCACAUUUUUGACGCUUCCCGGAUGCAAAAUGGCACGUUUUUGCCACUGAAUAAGGUAUAAAUACUAUAGAUGAUGCUAACGGAGAGCACUGGAAUACGACUUCCAAGACAUGUACUGCAUGAUCUUAUCGUGUCCGGCAUUUUUGUUCCAGCCGGAUUGUGGGAUCGCAACGACUUUUAUAUUCUAAACCAAACAAUGCUGAUCAACGACGGUAUUUCCUUUCAAAUCAACCAGAAUCUGAGACUUGAUUCGGAUGUUAAUGGCAUUGACGCCACUUUGCCAAACCAACCCAUCAUCGUACAGGCAGAACCGCUUGAUCCGAACCCUGACAAGCUGGAGUGGGCCUUUGGCAGAACAAUAUUCUACAAAUACUGCGUUUUUCUGGAUUAUCAAAAGAACGAAAUUGGGUUUUCGAAGGUAAAAGAGCCGGAAUAG